AUGGCGACAUCUUUCACCUCAUCGAUCUCCAUGCAACCUCGUUUUUCGCAGGCUACAACAACAAGAUUCAGUCUCCAGAAACCGGUUCCGGUUUUCAAAACUAAUCUCUCCUUCACCUUACGGCCACGUUCCAUGCCUGCUCGCCUCGCAAUAUCUUGUGCAGCCAAGCAAGAGACGGUGGAGAAAGUGUCUGAGAUUGUCAAGAAGCAAUUGUCACUCUCCCAGGAUCAAAAAGUCACUGCUGGAACCAAAUUCACCGACCUUGGAGCCGAUUCUCUCGACACGGUUGAGAUAGUGAUGGGUUUAGAGGAAGAGUUCGGGAUAACAAUGGCCGAAGAGAGAGCUAAGGAGAUUGCAACUGUCCAACAGGCUGCUGAACUCAUCGAAGAGCUCGUCCUAGAGAAAACCGCUUAA